AUGCCACUUGUAUCUCUAGUUUGGCCACCUCUAACUAUUCAUGACAUGACACUGACACAGAUAUUAAUGAUUACAGAAUGGCUACCAGUGAAGACCCAUUACCAGACCCAUUACCAGACCCGUUACCAGACCCGUUGCCAGACCCAUUACCAGACCCGUUACCAGACCCAUUACCAGACCCAUUACCAGACCGGUUACCAGACCCGUUACCAGACCCGUUACCAGACCCGUUACCAGACCCAUUACCAGACCCAUUACCAGACCCGUUACCAGACCCGUUACCAGACCCAUUACCAGACCCAUUACCAGACCCGUUACCAGACCCAUUACCAGACCCAUUACCAGACCCGUUACCAGACCCGUUACCAGACCCAUUACCAGACCCAUUACCAGACCCGUUACCAGACCCAUUACCAGACCCAUUACCAGACCCGUUACCAGACCCGUUACCAGACCCAUUACCAGACCCAUUACCAGACCCGUUACCAGACCCAUUACCAGACCCAUUACCAGACCCGUUACCAGACCCGUUACCAGACCCAUUACCAGACCCAUUACCAGACCCGUUACCAGACCCAUUACCAGACCCAUUACCAGACCCGUUACCAGACCCGUUACCAGACCCAUUACCAGACCCAUUACCAGACCCGUUACCAGACCCGUUACCAGACCCAUUACCAGACCCAUUACCAGACCCAUUACCAGACCCGUUACCAGACCCGUUACCAGAUCCGUUACCAGACCCGUUACCAGACACUAGAUUCUUUACAGGCCAAGUUUGGAAUGAAGUGUUUAUUUAUUAUUCUCUAUUACAAGACAACCCAGUUCAUGUGCACUUACUCAUGCCUCUUAUAA